AUGACUAUCACCACGAAGCCAUCUUUCUCCCGCGUGGACGCCACCGACCCAACCACAACUUCCCAGCAAAUCGUCGAGAUCAUCAAGCGCGACGGCGGUGUCAUCGUCGAGAAGCUAAUCUCCAAGGAGCUCGCCGCACAGAUCAAGCACGAUCUCAAGCCGCACUUCGAGCGCGACAUCCCGGAUAAGUACGGCUUCUUCCCUGAAACGACCCAGAGAGCCACAGGGCUCCUCGGCAUCUCCGAAGCUUGCAUCGAGCUCGCCUGCAACCCGCUGUACAUUGCUGUCGCCAACGCCUUGAUCUCAGCGAAGUACACCUUCUGGAGGGGUGACCACAAGGAGACCACAACCGGCAAGCCGAUCAUCUCGUCAACGGUAGGCUUCCGAGUCAACCCAGGCGGGCGGCAGCAGGUGUUGCACCGCGAUGACAACGACUAUUAUACGUACAACACGACGGAUCCCGUCAUGAUCGGCGCCGUGACCGCGUUGACAAAGACGACCAAGGAGAAUGGCGCGACAGUCGGGAUUCCAGGCUCGCACCUAUGGGGUCCGGACCGCCAGCCCUUGGACCACGAAGCUGUCCCCGCGGAGCUCGAGCCCGGUGACUCCCUCAUCUUCCUCGGCAACCUGUAUCAUGCGGGCGGAGCCAAUACCACCAAGGACGAUUAUCGUGAGACUGUCGGCAUUUUCCUCUGCAAGCCAUACCUACGACCAGCCGAAAACCAAUUCCUCACAAUCCCACUCGAAAAGGUCCGGAAGAUGAAGCCGAAAGCACAGAGACUGCUGGGAUAUGGCCUGCUCGAGCCAGGAGUGGGUUUCCUAGAUUACCAAGAUCCCAUGAGGGUGUUGUUUGGGGUUGAGGAUGAAGAGACUGUCAACAUGUAG